GAUCCUGGGCUCAGUCCCAGGGAACCCGGAGAGGGGAUGGCGAGGUGUGGGCAGCCUUGGCUGCUGCCGCCGCUCCUGGCCCUCUUUUACCUGUGCUACCUGCUGCUGGGGGCGGCGAUUGUGUCUCUGAUUGAGCAGCCGCACGAACGCAGGCUGCGGGAGGAGAUGCGCCUCCUGAAGUCCCGGUUGCUCAACAGCAGCUCCUGCCUGGCCGAGUCUGACUUGGAACGCUUCUUGGAGAGAGCGCUGGCCGCUGACCGGUACGGUGCCUCCGCCCUUAACAACACUUCCCACACGACCAACUGGGACUUCGCAUCCGCUUUCUUUUUCACCAGCACCCUGAUCACCACAGUGGGUUAUGGCCACACAACUCCGGUCUCUGAUGGGGGAAAGGCCUUCUCCAUCUUCUUCGCUAUUCUGGGAGUGCCCUUGACAAUGCUGGUCCUCACUGUCAUUGUGCAGCGGCUGAUGGUCUUGGUGACAUACCAGCCAAUCCGGUUGUGCCAGGAGAGGCUGGGCUACACCAAGCAGCAGGUCACCCGGUUACAUUUCCUCAUUCUGCUCCUGCUGAUUCUCGUCUGCUUCUUCCUCAUCCCCUCUGCCAUCUUCAGUGCCAUCGAGAGGAGUUGGACUUUCCUCGAUGCUUUCUAUUUCUGCUUCAUCUCCCUCACCACCAUCGGCCUGGGUGACUAUGUACCUGGAGAACAAAGCAACCAGCUCCUGCGCCCACUCUACAAGCUAUCGGUCUCUUUUUACCUCCUGUGCGGCCUCGCCGUGAUGCUUCUCCUCAUCCAGGUGUUCCACAAGGCGGCGGGAAUCCACGGCCUCGCCCAGAUAUUCGACCUCCCCCCGGCCGAGGGCAACGAGCGGGACGAGGAGAUGGUCCUGCACCCGGUGGGCCCUCGCCAGAGCAACGGCCUGAAAGCCGACCACCAGCUGAGGAGUCAACCUGAGCCCCCUUCCUAUAAGUCCAUCCUGCCCUCCAUUACUCGGUGACAGAGGGAGAGGCCGAGCCAGCACAUGCAGUCGGGGCAGGGGGGAGGUGGAGGGAGUGGCGGUAGUAGGGGUCAAGGGUCAGGGGCGGAGGUUCAUGACCUCCCCUCUCUAGGCCCAAUCAAUUUAAGCUUGGCCGACAUGGCUUUGGGAGCACUUUGUUCCCAGGGCCCUCUGUUCUUCCACCUUCGGCCUCCACCCAGGGCCUGCACUGGCACAGCUUUCACUCUAGGCCCUGCCAGCGUUUCACCCGAGUUGGCAUCGGGGGUUCAGACCCUCGCUGCCCCUCUGCACACCCCCCACCCCACCACCGCCUUCCCCCAAGUCAGCCAAACCCAGCUCCGACAUUGACUAACGUCCGGGCCUCCUGAUCUUCCAAUAACGUGACAAAGGCUAGUUUGCCACUGCAAAAUGACAUUGUCAAUCCAGAUUCCGGGCUGGUACGUUUAUGGUAAUGGUAUUUAAAAAGGGAAAAAGCUGUAUUAUAACCGGGCCGAGCAAACCUACCACUUGGCAAAGGGGGAUGCGCCAUCUGACGUGGCCACUCAGGGGAGGGAGGGAGCAGCUUGCCUCUGCCCACCUCUCCGCUCUCCUCUCAGUUUCCACACUUGGCGUUAGAACCCUUGGGAUGGGAGGGAGAAUCGACCCUCAUUUCCCGACGCUUAUCCUGCGGCCUUGGCCAAAACGCUUGGCUGUUGGGAACAGCUGCGAAGCCCCCCGUAGUCGAACUGCCUAUCCAUGCUAUUCUCCCUCGACCUGGACUUCAAACCCCAAGUCCUACCUGUGGCCAAGGCAGUCCCUUUCCAACUGUGGAAUGUUGUCCGGUUCCAUGCCCGUGUCACUAAAAUCCACAUCUUUGCUUUCUCUCCCUCUGGAUCUCCCACCCCCUCACCCUUCACAGCGUGUCGCCUGCCUAUCACCCCCAUUCUCACUAUCCUCCACCCUGCCCCCUUUCCAAAACGAUUAAGUUAUAAAUCCAUGUCUUCAAAACCCCCUCUGCAGCCUUGUCCCAUCCAACCUGUGUAACCUGCUCCUCCUGGGCUGAAUGGCCUCCUUCUGUGCUCUG